GAGGCGGGCCUAUCGGCCGUCGAGGCGCUGCACGCGGCGGCGGCGGCGGACGCGGAAGGCGGGCGCCCGCCCGCGGAGGAGGUGUUGACGGCUGUGCUGAGGCUGCAGAGGCCCUCGCGGGGGGCGGUGCACCCGGCCGCCGCUGGCGCCUGCUGUACGUGGCGGGCGCGGGGGAUGUGAGCAAGGCGCGGAAGGCUUUGCAGGGGCUCGGCUCCGGUGGCGCGGCUGGCCAGUACGUGGACGGCCUCGUGUCCGCCGUGCAGCGCUUCGACGCCGCGUCGGAGGAGAACGAGAACGGCAUAUUCGGUGGGAAGCUGAAGGAGUCCCUGGAGAUGACGAUUGUGGUGGCCAUUGGCGGAGGUGAGUUGUUGGAGGAGCUGCGCACCGCGAAGGAGAUCCAGGGCGCGCCGGCGCCGACCGGGCGCACCUGGGCGCCGCGCGGCCAGAGCACGGAGGCGGCCGAUGGGGGCACGGAGGCGCUCUGGGACAGGUGGAGCCCGCAGGGACACGGCGACGAGGGCGGGAAGCAGGGCGCUCGCGCGGAGCGGGGCCAAUGGCAGCAGGAGCCCUGGUGGAGUCAGCCUGGCUGGGGGCAGCCUGGCUGGGGGCAGCCCAGCUGGAGCCAGCCCGGCUGGAGCAGCGGCAGCGGCUGGGACGCGGCGUCCUCGUGGUGGCAGGGCCAGGAGGGCUGGGCCGCCCAGGAUCAAGUCUCCUCGGCCCCGGAGCCCGAGCAGGGCGGCGGGCUCGCCCAGGGCGCGCCGCACGCGCGGACCGCCCUGAGCCGCGCGGCGGUCGCCUUCGAGCCCGAGGAGCCGCCGGGGCCUGCUGCCGCCACCGCUGCAGGGCCGGCCCAGGAGCACGCUGCCGAGCCUGCGGUUGCCGCAGCGCCAGCGGCGGGCUCGAGAGGGGAGGGGGCGCAGAGCAGGGAGGAGAUGAAGCAGGCGCUCUUCGGGAGGCUCGACGCCAACGGAGACGGGCUGCUCCUCUCCCCGGAGCUGUGGCCGUACGCCGUCAAGACAGGCUUCGACGGGAGCGAGGCGGAGUGGGCGGAGGAGUACGCCAUGCUGUGCCGCGACAUGGGGCGCCACGUUGCAGAAGGGCUUAGCGCCCUGGACUUCUUCAAGAUGCUCGACGACGACUCUGCGGAGGGAUGCUACUGCGAUGACGAGGAGCUUCGCUCAUUACUUGUGGAGAUUGCUGAGCCCACCGCCGUCCCCGACCAUGCUGCAGGUCAGGAAGCGCCCAGGGAGAGCUCGAAAGAGGAGGAGGUCCAGAGCAGGGAGGAGAUGAAGCAGACGCUGUUCAGGAGGCUCGACACAAAUUCUUGA